AUCACGCCUUUACUCUUAAGAGUUGAAUACUCCUACAUUUUUUCAUGGUGGUAAAAAUCUACAAUUAAUUUCUCUUGAUGACAUAAUUUUGAAAUAUGCCAAAGUUUUGUGGUCAAAAUGAAAUUUGUCCUUUGCUAAUUACAGUUUCCACUCAACUCCCUCCAUGUUAUUGAGCUCCACCGCAAGUCCGCCGUUUUCCUCCCAAUUCCGGCGACUGAGUUUCUGCUUUCUGUGCGGCUUUACUUUGCUGCCGCCUCCUCCUUCUGAGCAUCGGAGAAUUGAAAGCCUAUUUUCUGGGCUGCUUGACCAAAAAACUCUGGUUGUGUUGCCGGGAUCAGUUUCUGUUUCUUACUGUAAAAGAUUAGAACAUGUCUGUUCUGAUUAAAUCGCGGCCGUCUCGCAUUCAUCAGAACCUAAAAUGCGGCCUUAGAUCAAUUAGCUGUCUUCAUUAUUCCUCAGGAUCAGAAGCCAUAGUAUCAAGAAUUGCAAGAGUUAUAAAUGAUUAUCCAUUUACUGAUCAGCAAGCACACUCGAGACUCCUCCAAGAAAUCCAUCCAAUCAGUCUAUCUCCUGAACUCGUUGAAAAGGUACUUGGUCACCUGUUUGGUGCUCAUGCAAAUGGCAUUAAAGCGUAUGAGUUUUUCAUGUUCUGCCUUCGUCAACCGGAGUAUGUUCCAAGUUCAGAUGCUUUUGAGAAGACACUCCACAUACUUACUCGAAUGCGCUACUUUGACAAAGCUUGGGAACUUCUGGAAACUAUCAGGGAUCAAAACCCAUCCCUUCUUACCCUUAAGUCAAUUAGCAUUAUGAUAGCUAGAAUUGCCAGAUUCCGGUCAUAUGAAGAAACUCUUUGUGCUUUUGAGAGAAUGGAGAAGGAUAUAUUCGUGGGAAAGGUAUUUGGCACUGAAGAAUUUAACAUCCUUCUUCGAGCUUUUUCUACACAAAGGCAGAUGAAAGAAGCUCGAUCAGUUUUCAACAAGCUGUACACACAAUUUUCUCCAAAUACCAAAACUAUGAAUAUUUUGCUCUUGGGAUUCAAAGAAUCGGGAGAUGUAACUUCAGUUGAUUUGUUCUAUCAUGAGAUGAUUCGAAGAGGUUUUAAACCUGAUGUUGUUACUUAUAAUAUCAGAAUUGAUGCUUAUUGUAAGAGACGUUGUUUUGGUGAGGCUAUGAGGAUAUUCGAAGAAAUGGAGCUGAGUAAUGUAGUGCCCACAUUGCAGACAAUCACAACUUUGAUCCAUGGUGCUGGAGUUGCUCGAAAUGUGGGAAAGGCAAAACAUUUUUUUGAUGAAAUUUCGAGGAGAAAUUUGGAAGCUGACAUUGGAGCUUAUAAUGCCCUCUUGAGUGCGUUUAUCAAAUGCAGAGAUCUGAGUUCUGCUACUGCUUUAUUGAAUGAAAUGGAGGAGAAACUUGUAGUUGACAAUGUAACUUAUCACACCAUCUAUUUAGGAUUAAUGAAAGCAAAGCGUCUUGAUCUUGUAUUUGCUCUAUACCACAAGAUGAUAAGUAGAAAUUUUGUGCCCAUGACUCGAACCGUUGUUAUGCUGACCAAGUUCUUCUGUGAGAACAACGGACUGGAUUUGGGGUUGGAUUUGUGGAAUUAUCUGCUGGAGAAAGGACACUGUCCACACAGUCAUGCUCUGGACCUUCUUGUGACUGGAUUAUGCUCCAGAGGAAAAUUUGAGGAAGCUUUCGAUUGUUCUAAGCAAAUGCUGGAGAGAGGAAGGCAUAUGAGUGAGCCAACGUAUAGGAUGCUGGAGAGGUGUUUACUUCAGAUAGGAGAGAUGGACAAACUGCAAAAUUUAGAUAAGUUGAUCGAGAGUUUACAUGUAAUAGUUCCUGUUCCACGGGGAAUGCAAUCCAAAAGUGCCAGGGGACUUUGCAGGUCAGUUCUUCUGAUGUUGGGUUAAUCUUAUUUAAAGUCCUUAACACGUGCCGCUAGUAGGGUCUUUCUCUUAAUACUUCGAAAAACAUCUUUUUCAAUUAUGCUCAUAAAAAUAAGGACUAGUGUUUUAUGCUUGUUAUGUACUAUCUGAUUUUUCUUUCUAUCUGUCUCCGCUACUGAUAGGAUAUCGAACUUGUUCUGCAUUUUAUGAAUUAUUACUGUGGGUUUGAUGUUAUCCUGCAUUUCACAGGGGGGGCGUCCUGAUUGAUGAUAUUUGAAUUUGUUGAGUACAGAUGUGGAGUGUUAUCUCUGUCUAUACGACUAUGUCAUAAGAACUGUGUUGUCAAUGCCAACUAGACAGUUUAUCAGGCAUCAGUAACUUCGCAUAUUCACUAAGAUAUGGUUACUAUUCAAUCUAUGAAUGCAUCGGCUGCCCAAAUCAAAAAAAUUGUUUGGAAAAUCAUAUGCGAGUAUUUAUGAGUUGGGUCUGUUACUUUAACUGGAAACAGGUUUGAUGUCUGAUUCUUCUUGUCAGGGUCUAACGUUUGGCAGCUAUCAAAUUGAUUGUUAUAUGCUCUACAUUCUUGCUAUGAAGCUCACAUACAACUACUCUAGGAAGCAAGUUCUCCCAGACAACUGCGGUUAUUAUGCCCAUACCCCAUAGAUUAUGGGUGGGUUAGGUUCUUGGAGGCUAACUAAUCAAUUUGGAAGACCUUCGGAUCCGAAACUUUUCCUACUUGUAAGUUUGGCUAGUAAUAUUAUUUGGUAUGCUUUAAGUUUGUUGUCAAUUUUCAGUCUUCCUCAGUCACUCUUGUUUUGUAAUGUCUCCUUCCACACCAUUCUUCCCCUUUCUAUCUUUUGUGACAUCUCAUGAACUCACUUGUUUAUUUUUCUCAAGACCUGGUUUGGUUUACUUCUAUAAACUGCAAUCUGAAUUUGGACCAACCAUUUAAGUAGUAAUAUCAAAUAGGAUAUUCCCCAGAUUAGGACGUAGAAUUAGUUUUCACAUGCAGCAGCCUAUCGGUAUUUUAUUUUGCUGCAAGUGGCUGCCUCCUUUCACUGCAGUACUUAAGCUCAUUGGCGUGUUAUAUGCAGGGGUUACUGGGAAUGUCAACUGCACACGACACGAUUUAAGAUUCUUGAGGGGAAGUUCUUCACUGCUACUUGAUUGCUACUAUCGGGAGUCUGAACCGGUAAUGAUUCUGAAGUCAGAGCUUUUGCCUAGGGACUGAAAUUGCCAAGGAGCAUUACAGAAUGAAUGCGAAUUCCUGGGGUAAGUCUGCAAUGGUGACUGUAAAUAUCCGUGGGUUAUUGAAAACCACUUGAUCACGUCUUGAAGCUAUUCUGCAGAGUUUCCAUGCAUGGUACAGAUUGUCUAAAUGAAGAAAUAAAAUUUAGAUUAGAUGGCCCUCUUGAUUGCUCUGUUCAAUAAUUGUUUCUUUGGAGUAAUUAUGGAAGGAAUAUGUAGUUUGUAAGAGAUGUAAAAAGUUCGUAGACUAGGGAAGUGAUCAUAUUGAAUAGAGAAACAGAAGGUACUGAAUUUCUUUUGGUCGGCUGAAAGUAUAAAAAAGCAAGCCAGCCUCUUUGAUUCUUGACAGGGAAAAGAAGCACAAUUUGGUGUACUGUAAUCUACACUUUUGAAGCCAUCCACAUGCUGAUUUGAUAACGUAACCGACUUUCCAGAUACGACCAACUUGGCUGCUUGCUUUCUUUUUGUGUAAUGAGAUCGAAGGUUGGCUCUAGUUGAAUCAGCAGCCGACUUUCCACCUAUUUUCUGACUCACUAAAUAUCAAAAUAAUAAAUUAUUAGGGAAU